AUGAAAGUUGGAAUCAGCACCAAAGUUCCAACAAAAUUAUGUAGGUCUCAAUGCGAGAUCUUAAAAUUAUUGUUGAAAAAUAGCAAAUGCGCUCUACCGAACAUUGAGAAAUUUUGAAAAAUAUUCAAAUCUGCAAACUACUAAAUUAUCUUUUAAACUCAAAUUUAAUAUAUAAGUUAGGGUAUAUUCAGUAUCAGAGUAGGUCUUGAAGCGAAAUCUCGCAAUUCCCGUGUACUUCUCUCGGACAAGCAAAAAUUGAACAAUUUGUAUGAUUUGCCUUUUUGUUUCCGCUCUUUUCUCUUUUUCUCUCAUCUAAAACCAAUAAAAAGUGGCCGCUUAUGUUGUAAAUUUCGAGAUAAUAAAUCAGUCGGUGAAUUACGAGCGGGAAUGGGAUUUUUUGGGGGAUAGCCAGGGCAAAUUUUUUUACGAAAAAAAAAUGGAAAUAUUUAAAAAAUGGAUUUUUCAGCACGAGGGAUCGACAAAGUCUCGAAAAACUAGGAAUUCAUGCAUGUGUCCGCCUGGUAAGUUGAAUUCGGGAUUUUUCUCCACUGCAAAUCAGCCCCUUAAACUCAAAAUUAAGAAGCAAGUUAGGGUAUAUUCAGAAUCUGCGUAAAAUUUCCUACAAAACGGCAUAGGUCUCGUGAGGCAAUCUUGAGAUUUUUGUUGAAAAAUUGCAAGUGCGCUCCAUUGAACAACAAGAGUUUCCAAUUAAAAUUCAAAUUUCUAGCCAAGUUUCAUACCAAAGUUCGACUCCCACUGCCCGCUACUUUCAAAUGUUCAUAUUUACUACUACUAUAAGGUUGUAAACUAAACUUUCGUCCCAAAUACAUAUUAUGCAAUAAAAUAGUAAUUUUACAAUAUUUGCUAUUUGCACACGCAUGUUUUACGAUUUUUAUGAGAUGUUAGAGAAAUUUUUUUUGGGGGGAGGGGGAUCAAAAAUUUUAAUAAUUUUUUUUCGUAAAAUUAUUUUUACACUUUUUUUGCCUUGUCAAUUUGACAAUUGACCACAAGAUUUUUGAUGAACAUGACAAAUUACACAAUUUUCCGGAUGAGCAGGAAUCUGAAUUUGAAAUUUUGAGGGGUAAGGGAUUUGGCUGCGUACUGCGUAAGGAAUUUCAAUAGCUGAGUAUCUAAUAUUUUUGACUACGUACCUAACUGGCCGAAGUAUCUAAUGUCAUAGCUGAGUAUCAAACGUACGAAGUAGAUCAAAAAAACACCUCCCCGAAAAAAAACAAAAAAUUUCGACCGAGGCAGGACUCGAACCUGCAGUCUUCGGUUUAGGAGACCGACGCCUUAUCCAUUAGGCCACACGGCCACGCCUCACUCCGUGCCGAAAAAGACAACAAAUGUUCACCGCCUUUUUUUCUCUCUAGUUGCCCCUUUUCUCUAGUCUUCGUUGUGCUGUGUGAGAGUGGAGAGAGUGCGCGAAAUGAGGAGAGUGCAGUGAAAAAUGGGAGAAUUUUUUGGAAAAAUAAGGGGAAAUUGGGGGUUUCGAAUAAUUUUGUGAUUUUUUCAGGUGAACGAGGACCUGUUGGACCGCCGGUGAGUUUUUUGGCGGCGAAAUUGCCACGUGGAAAAUUGAUUUUCAAAUUUUCCACGUGGAUUUAUUAGCGUCUAUUUCACAAAUUCAAAUUCAGUUUUUUUCGCGCCAAAUUUAAAUUUUUAAAAUUCAAAAAAAUCUCAGGGUUUACGCGGAUCGCCAGGAUGGCCGGUAAAAUUUUUUAAAAACAUUUUUUAUGCUCGAAAUAAUAUCCUAAGUUCAAUUUUUAAGUUAAGUUAAUUUUUAACAAGUUAAAAAUCUGCGCGCUAAAAAGUAAUUUUCAAAUUUUUCCUGGUGGUUGUGUUUGUGACGUGGCAAAAUAUUUACAGGGUCUUCCGGGUUUACCGGCACCGUACUACAGACGACCGCGAGUACCGUACUCGGCAAAUUUGGUAGGUUUUUAGGCCAGGCCUGGACGGGGCCAGGCCCCCUUACAGUAGCUAGAUGUUGUGACCCCCUAAUUUUACAGGACGAAACUUUAUCUCGAAAAAUGCGAGCUUACGGUAUGCUCUACUCUCCCGAUGGUCAAGCCAUUCAAUUUCGAGGACUUCCAGGUCCCCCGGGACCACCGGUAAGUUGGAUUACUGUAGUAUACUGUAAAUAUAUGGUAGAUCAAAAAUCGCAACGCGACACGCAACGCAAGCAUGCUUAUUCUUUGUUUAAAAAUAUCAAGAACAUUUUUGGAUUACUGUAGUGGCUACAGUAAUCCAGAAAAAUUCAAAUUUUAUUUUAAAAAUUACUGUAGCACACUGUGCAUACACGGGGUAGAAAAAAAACGACCGCAACGCAACACGCGACGCACGCAUGCUUGCAAAAAAUUUUAUUUUCGCAUGGCUUUUUUUGCAGGGCACCAAAGGACUACGUGGAUAUCCUGGAUUUCCGGUUUGUUCUUUUUUUUUCACCAAAAAAAAUGUUUUGGGUGGAUUUUUGGCAUUUUUCCAGCAAAAUUUAGGAUCUGAAAUUUUCAGAAGAAAAACAUUUUUGAUCUUCAAAAUUCAUUGAAAAUGUUCCACGUGGUAGAAAUUUUCAGAAAAAAAAUUUCCUGAAAUUUUCGCCCCAGAAGUUUUCAUAUUCAGAAAAUUUUCAGAUUAUCCAAGAAAAUUUUUUUUUUAAUUUAGCCACGUGGCUUUUCCUACUGUAGAUCAAAAUCCAAAAUUUUCCACCCAAAAAACCUCACGCAUGCUUCGCUCACACACUCUCACAUCAAUUUGUUUCCUAACUCUAAAAAAAACCCAUCCCUUUAAAAAUCCCAUUUUCCAGGGACCAAUUGGUUUGGAUGGUCCACGUGGGCUUCCUGGAAGUCCAGGUCUAAAAGGAGAUCGUGGAGAUCGCGGUCCGAUAGGCCCACCAGGUCCGAAAGGCGAUAGAUAUAAUGGAUAUGGCCCCCCAGUUCAAACGCAUCAACCUCAACAACAACAAUACCAACAAGUCCCGCUUCCACCAUGCCCCCCAGGCCCGCCAGGUCUACCAGGCCGAGAUGGACGGCCCGGUCCGAAAGGAGAUCGAGGCUUGCCUGGAUUUGAUGGAGAAUCGAAAAUUGGACCGAAAGGUGAUCGUGGGGAACCGGGACGAGAUGGAAUACCUGGAGCUAGAGGACCGCCUGGCGAACGAGGAGAAAAGGUGGGGUUUUGGUUUUGGGGCUGAAAAAUUUUUCCGGCUGGAAUUCAGAAGUUGGAUGUGGUUUUUCUGAAAUCAGCGUGAAAUUUCCAACAUUUUGAUAUAGGUUUCAAGGCGAAAUCUUGAAAUUUUAUCGGAAAUUGGCAAGUGCGCUCCAUUGAACAAUUUGAAUUUUGUAGAAAAAUUCAAAUUUUUAUUUUUUUUGUUGAAAAUUACCAAUCUGAAGGCGCUGGAUCGAGUCCGGAUGCCUGCGAACAUUUUUGUUGUGUUUGUGAAUUGUGAUGUGAAACUUUUGCAGGGUGAAUCAAUGUAUUUGUCACGUGUACCAAUGGGAGGGACAAAUUCAGGCCCGCCAGGCCCACCAGGCCCACCUGGAAUAGGCCAUCCUGGGCCAAAGGUAGGUGAUGUUGUGGAUUUGUUGUUUGAGAAAAAUUUGCCACCUGGAUUUUGAAUCUCACACCAAAUUCUACAUUUUACAGGGCGAAAAGGGAGAUCGCGGUGAACCGGGCUUAAUCGGACCACAAGGCCCGCCAGGCCCAGCAACUCUCUCAAAUCAAAAUCAACACCACGGCAAGAUAAUCGCAGGCCCGCCAGGUCCACCAGGCCGUGACGGACGGCCCGGUGAGAAAGGAGAGAAGGUGAGUGGCUAGGUUUUUUCUUAGGCUUCAUAGGCCUAUCUGCAUGGUGUGCUUUUGGACUUAUACUAACUAGUUUUGUAGGGUGAACGUGGUGAACGUGGCGAUAUGGGCCUUCCGGGCCCCGAAGGGGCUCCAGGCAAACGUGGCAGACGAGUGAGUAGAUUUGCAUGCUUUUUUUCUAGCUUUGUGGUGCAUUUUUUCGGGCUUCUCAUAGCCUUCUAUCCUAUCCUGUUCUAUCCAAAAAAUUCAGGGAAAACCAUUCCUUUCCGGAAAUAUGACGAGAAUUCCGGAUGAUUUGAAAAAAUUGCUGAAAAUCGAACUUUUGCCGUUGUUGACUGAGGAGUUGGCGGAACUCAGAGGGAAGAAUGUGAUUCCAGGGCCGCCGGGACCAAUUGGACCAAGGGUGAGUUUUGAAGGGGCUUGAAAGCCUGAAAUUUUGAGGCUUGGACUAGCAGGCUCGAAUUUAGGUCUUGAAGCCUGAAAAUCCUUAAUUACAGCAUAAUGCUGAGCCCAAAACAGCCUGAAUUUCAACUUAAUGCUAAGCCCAAAAAAGCCUAAAUUUCAGCCUAAUUUCAAGCUCAAAAAAGCCUGAAUUUCAGCCUAAAUCUAUGAGGCCCUGAAAGGCUUUCCGGACCUUUCCAAACUUGUUACAAAAUCUAUGUUUUUCAGGGUCAUCACGGACCAGCUGGGCCUCCUGGAGAACGAGGCCCGCAAGGCCUUCCAGGCCAUUCAGGCGACAGAGGAGAGCGUGGAGACAUCGGACCUCCCGGUUUACCCGGACAACCUGUAAGUUGUUUUUUCUAGGCCGGCCUACAAAAUCAGGCUUAUUUUCAGGGCUCAUCAUCCGAAUUUUCUGGAAACCUCGACGGACUUCGCGGAUCACCAGGCUUGCCAGGUCCACCUGGCGAGAAGGGUGACUUGGGGCCUCCUGGACUUCCAGGCCAGCCUGGAAGUCUAGGCCUACCAGGCCCUCCAGGACCGAUGGGUUUACGUGGACCGGCUGGACCGGAAGGAAAACUAGUGCGUGCAUGUUUGUUGUAGAACAUUUGUGAUUUCGCUGUCCUUUUUGGUGUUGUUUUUUCAGGCCUGGAAGACCUGAAAAGCCUGAAAAUUAGCCUAAAAUUUUACUAGGCCUUUCUGACGAGCCUAGGCUCAACUUAAGCUCUGAAAAAUUAGCCUAAAAUUAAACUAGGCCUAUCUAACAAGCCUAGGUUCAAUUCAGGCUUAGAAAACUAGCCUAAAAUUAUACUAGGCCUAGAUUCAGGCCCAAAAUCCCAAAACCUAUCAUAUCUACCCUCAAAAAUCCCCAUUUUUCAGGGUAAACAAGGUCCAGAAGGACCGAAAGGCUAUCCAGGCCCAGUUGGCCCACAAGGUCCACCAGGAAAUGAUGGAGAGCCGGGAAUCGAUGGCCGGCCCGGUAUGCCAGGUGAAAAAGGAGAUCAGGGAAUACCGGGCUUGGAUGCACCGUGUCCCACAGGCCCGGAUGGCCUACCAUUACCGUAUUGCAGUUGGAAACCGAUGGAUGUGAGUUUUUUUGGGGGCCCGAGAUAGAUUUCAGGCUUACAUUAGGCCUGAAGCCUGAAAAUGGGUCAAAAAAGUACCCAAAAUAAUAUUUGCAGAUCAACGUAAAAACCAAUUACGGGUAAAAUUUUGUGUGAAAUUCAAAAAUUUUUUUUUGAAAAUUUUCCAACAUUUAUAAAAGUCAGAGUGUGUCCUGGCUUGUAAAAAUGUUCAAUUUUCGCGCCAAAAAUUUAAAUCAAAAAUUUUGCAGGGUAAAAAUGAGGUCUGGGAGCGACGAAAACGGCGGACUCAACUAUGA